AAGUUUUCACUCCAAGGUUUCACAAGUCUUAUAUUGUAAAAAGGAUGUUGCAUCCUUCAUGUCCUUAGCACAUAUUAUAAUACACUUUGUAUACACUUUGAAGUCCUCAUUUUAGGGCAUUAUCAAACUACAUGUAUCGAUGAAAUCGUUCCAAAUUGUGAGAAAUUAACAACUCGGACUUCCCAUGGCGAGGUCGAGCCGCUAAAUAUCUUUUCAUGCCACUGGUCGACUGAUUGACGAGUUUUGAGGUCAAAGUGAAAAGCCGGAAGUUUAUGCGACAACCAAUCGGAAAGGCGCACUAAUUCGCAACGAAAGAAGAUGGUGCUUAUUUUGAAACACGAAACUUAAAGCUAUAAUUUGACGGUGAUUCACAACGAAUCCAGAAGACUGUUGGAGCCAAUUGAUUCCCGAGAACAUAUAAUGUACAAUGAGUAGCAACAUAAACCCUGUGAACUCAAAAGGUGGCAGCACUGGUGGUAAGAAACCAGAGUUGAACCCGAGCAGCCAACAACAGCCUACCCAUAUACUUCGUCAACCUGUGCAUAUUGACCAGACUAUUCGGUCACAUUUUCAGGCAUCGCUAAAAUCAUCUGGAAUAACCAGUCAAAUAGCGAGUAACAUACGAUCAAGUCUAGGCUAUCAGACUCAAAUCAACAGACAGCCACAAACCCUUGUGCCUAAAUUAACAGUUAUGGGAAACCAAGUUGAUACCCAGGCAGCUCAGCUCCAAGCAGCACAGCAGGGAGGACAUUCAUCAUUGAAUGCUGUACCCAUAAAUCUUAGCUCCAGUCAGACUGGACGUACACUUACAACUCAAGUACAAGCGACCCCUGCCCAGCCAGUUCAAAUACGGCAUACCACACCAUUACAUCCACAGGUGAUGUCUGGUGGAACCACACAGCAGGUGACUGUACCAAUGGCAUCUAUUAUAAAGGGGGCCUCUGUCCAAGUAUCGCAGCAUCCAUCCACUCAAGCCUAUGCUACACAUUUGCCAAGAGGUGCAGCCCAAGUGUCUAAUCUCACAAACCCAAAAGGUGUUACCCUAGCAACAGCCGUAUUACACCCAUCUCAGCCUAGUAUUGUGCUGCCAACUAAAAGUAGUUCCAGCAACGUGAUGCCUACACCUAUACAACCAAGGGGAUCAUUUGUUUCUACAAAUUUAAGACCAGUGACUCCACCUAUCAAUCGUACUGUUGUACCAGCUGCAAGUUCAAGUUCUAUAUCAACAGAUGCACACAGGGCCCAUAUCCCCAGCACAACCACGACAACAGUUCAAAUCACCAUACAACAACCACGGACACUGGAACCUCGUACAAAUAUUGAUAUUAUCCCCCGGGCGGUGAGUGGCAGUCAGCAGAUUAACAAACCAAUGCAAUUAAACCAGACGCACGUCAUAAACCAACAGCUUCAGCCGCAACAGAAGAUUGUGAUGUCACAACAAACCGUUUCGUCUUUGCCGCAACAGAUCAUAAAAACAGUGUUACCUCAACUUCAAAAUAGUUCGGUCCACCAGGGGUCAGCACCAGUUGUGACAACAAUUUCCGCACCGGCCAUACCUAUAGCUAAGGUCCAUCCUCAACGACAAAUGUCCCAGGAUUCGCGUGACUUGUCACAUGACACUCGCACUACUCAAUCUGGUCUCGGGACUAUUUUCCAAGGUCAGGGUCAUAGGGGAAGUCCUGGUCUCAGUACAGGGGUCUCUACGGCAACCACAAAUGUACACACUGACAUCCGCUCUGAUAGCCGAUCCCAGAUUUCCCAACAAGUAGGCCAACAGUACCAAGAUAUGCAACACUUUGCCACUUACGCUACUUAUGGGAACACUCACCCUACACUGGCCAAUUUACCACUUGGCUACAACCCCCUAUCAUAUAGUCCUGCUGUAGCUCAUGCGUUUGCACAAGGAGUGAGACAGAGUAUAGUACCAAAUACACAAAGCCCUAACCUGGCUACUGCGCUACAAUCUCAGACUAUCUCUAGUAGUCCACGUCUCCAAAGUUACAAUAACCCAAUGAUGGUGGCUGUUGACCCGACACGGAGUCCUUUAGCUGUUCAUAGCCAGUAUGCUCCCACAUCAAUUCAAACCCAGGUGACUGACAGUGCAUCACAUACAAGCUCUGGUGGACUUAGUAAUCAACCUAUAGCCAACCCAAGUGCGUCACCAAGACCAAGUAUACUCAGAAAGAGGACCCUCGAGGGGACCCUCAUUGACAAAGUGAAAAAAGUUCUUACUCCCACUGGAAGUGAAACAAGCAGUCCGAUGCAGGAACUUGCUCCGAGAACUUUAAGUGUAUCGCCUACAAAACCUGGACCACCACUCGACCCUGCCAGGGAAAAUAGUCAAUCAUCUACAGACACGGCCACAUCUAACGAAACUGGACUUGGAGAUGAAACAGUGAAAAUCAAAACAGAACCAGAUCUUUUAGAAAAUGGGCCCAUCUCAAAUGGUUUGAAUAACAACAGUGUUGAGAUGUCCCCUAGGAAAAAACCAAGAAAGCAAUUACUGUCGCUGCUACAUGGCAUAGAAGGCGUAGAGGGAGAUAACAAACCUGUAUUGCCCACCCCUUACAGUGUUAGGAUUAAAGAUGAGAUAAAGGACAGUUCCUCCACUGAUUCAGAUAUUGAGAAGGAUGAGGACAUUGAUACAACAUUUGAUGAAAAAGAUGAGCUGCCUGAAGAGUAUACUGAUGAUGAGGGUGUCCGCUGGGUACGAAUGAGGAAGAGAUUUUCUGGCUGUUUACUCACAAACUACCAUUGUAACUGGAAAGCUCGGAACAACCAUUUUGUUAGAUACGUCGAUGUGAAACCUAAAGAUGAGCGUAGACCAACAGUGAAUGAACUGUCCAAUCAGAAAGGAAUCGGGCAAAAAGCGAGUGGUUGGAGAUUAUACCAUUUGGCAGCACAGCUGGAGGACAUGGCGGACAGUGAGAAAAAUGUUAGGAAGAAGUUAAAGGAGAUCCAGGCCCAGGUUGCCCCAAAAUCUCAAGUGAAACACCUCCCUCUGGAUGAUGAUGUCACAAUGGUGCAUGAACUGACACAGGGCAACAUUCAGAGAUGUCAGCUGGUUAUCGAACAAUUGGAAGAGGCCCGCGAUUCAAUGCUUGGAAUUCUGGGACAUAAAUCUCGUAUUAUGGAAAUUGUGACAAAACAUCACAGUAAACGACCUGUGAAAAAGAAGGAACGAUCAUAGAAUUUUUCAUAAGUCUGUAUAAUAGUAUAAUAAAAAGAGCAACAUGUAAUGUGUAGAUACUGUAUUUUACUGUGUGAGGUAUAGACUUUUUACAUUGCCAAAUUACAGGUCACUGGGGUCAUGAAAUGUUUUAAAAUGCAAAAUAGAGUAGAAAUUAGUGGAAUUUGCAAGGAAUUAAGU